AUGGAGACCAACAAGCCACAGAAGAAAAAGAAGUGGUUUUUACCAUUGGUGCUUUCUUUGUUGUUAUCUACUCUGCUCAUAUUUAUCACUGUUUUCACUUCUUCUAGAUCAUCUUCUUCAAGAUUGUACAAGACCCGUGUGAAGAAUGAGCUCCCGCAUUUUGUGGAGUCCAAGUUAAAGGUUUCAGCUACCUCCAAAGACCCAGUACCAAGACUGGCUUACUUGAUCUCUGGCUCAAUGGGCGACGGCGAGAGCUUGAAGAGGACCUUGAAGGCUCUGUACCAUCCCAGGAAUCAAUAUGCAGUGCAUUUGGACCUCGAGGCUUCGGCUGAGGAGAGGAUGGACUUGGCCAAGUUUGUCAAGAAUGAGCCGCUGUUUACCAAAUUGGGUAAUGUUAGAGCGGUUGUGAGGGCCAAUUUGGUAACUUACAGAGGCCCUACUAUGGUUACCAAUACACUUCACGCUGCGGCAAUUUUGUUGAAGGAAGGUGGAGAUUGGGAUUGGUUUAUCAAUUUGAGUGCUUCCGAUUAUCCUUUAGUGACCCAAGAUGAUAUGCUUCAUGUCUUGUCAUCCAUUCCAAGAAAUCUUAAUUUUAUUGAGCAUACCAGUGACAUUGGCUGGAAGGAGAAUCAGAGGGCAAAACCCGUUAUAAUUGAUCCAGGGCUGUAUAGCCUGCAAAAAUCAGAUGUUUUCUGGGUUUCAGAGAAAAGGAGUGUGCCAACUGCAUAUAAGUUGUUUACAGGUUCUGCUUGGAUGAUGCUCUCCCGCCCUUUUAUAGAGUAUAUUUUAUGGGGUUGGGACAAUCUCCCAAGGAUAGUGCUUAUGUAUUAUGCCAACUUUCUUUCUUCACCAGAAGGGUAUUUCCACACUGUCAUCUGCAAUGCUGAGGAGUUUCGGAACACUACUGUGAACCAUGAUCUCCACUUCAUAUCAUGGGACACCCCGCCAAAACAACAUCCACAUUUCCUCAUCAGUGAUGACUUCCAGCGGAUGGUAGACAGCAAUGCUCCCUUUGCCAGGAAGUUUGGCAGGAAUGAGUCAGUUCUUAACAAGAUCGACUCUGAGCUUUUAGGCUGCAAUGCCGAUGGAUUUGUACCAGGUGGAUGGUUCAGUACUCAAGGAAAUGCAAAUGUAACUGUUCCAGAUUCCAAUUUAAGAAACAUCACCACUCUUAGGCCGGGUCCAGGUGCUGAAAGGCUAAAACGUCUCAUCACUGGUUUGAUAUCUGCAGAGGAUUUUCACGCAAAGCAAUGCACCUGA